UUGUCUGAAAGAGAGAGAGAGAGAGUUGCCUAAAACACCUUUAAGAUGAUUCAAGAUGAAUAAAUAUAAUUUCAAAUGCAAAAGCAAUCAUAUAUAUCAAAGUAUAACACUUUCAUACGGGAUUUGUUAUGUGGAGAUAAUUUUGGUGAUAUAAAAAUAACUAAUGUGAUUACCGGAUUGCGGAUUCCCUGCUCUAAACCAAAUGCCCGGACGGUGGGAGGAUGGAAGUCGCAUAGCCUGCUGUAGUUGAUGAGAACCACCCUCAUCCCACUGACCCCUCCUCUCCGCAUCAUCAAGGCCCGGCACCCAUUCCCCAUCUCCUUCCCAGACUCCCUCCUCGGAUCCUCCUCAAACUUCCGGCCAGAACUCACCGACGACGCCGCUGCCUUGGUCCACUUGCUCGACGAAUGCCAGUCCCCGCGCUCCCUCCCGUCCCUCCGCGAUCUCCACUCCCGUCUCCUCGACCGCAGCCUCGCCUCCCACCCCUCCGUCCAGAUCAAGCUUAUGCGCGCCUACGCCGCCUGUGGCGACCCCGCACGCGCCCGCCGCGUCUUCGAUGGCGCCUCCGCCAAGACCACCAUCUUCUUCAACGUCAUGAUCCGGAGCUACGUUACCCACGGCCUCCACCGUGAAGCCCUCCUCCUAUUCUCCCAGAUGGCUCGCCUCUACCGCGUGAAGGCCGACCAUUAUACCUUCCCCUGCGCCCUCAAGGCCUGCUCGGACUCCGAGAACCUACAAGGCGGCCUCCAGAUACACGGCGCCGUCGCCAAGCUCGGCCUCGACGCCAACCUCUUCGUGGGGAACACGCUUAUCAGCUUGUACUCCAAGUGUGGCUGCUCCGAUGACGCGUUCCGAUUGUUCGGUGAAAUGUCUCACAGAGACGUUGUAUCUUGGAAUGCGAUGAUUGCCGGGUACGCGCAGAACGGCCAGUUUGAACGGGCUAUUGAGGCCUGUAAGGAGAUGGUGGCGGUCGGGAGGCCAAAGCCUGACGCUGGCACCAUGGCAAGCAUCCUUCCCGCUAUGUUGAACACUGAGCGGACCAAUGUUGUGUUCGUGCGUAAGAUGUUCGAUGAAAUGCCUAGGAAAGGAUUGGUUUCUUGGAAUGCCAUGAUCGCAAUCUAUGCGAACAACUCCAUGGCAGCGGAAGCAAUGAAUCUCUUCUUGCUGAUGGAGAAGGAAGGAGUAGAACCCGAUGCGGUGACAUUUGCCAGUGUUCUUCCUUCUUGUGGGGAGACGUCAGCUCUGGCAGUGGGAGUCCGAAUUCAUGAAUUCAUCAAAAGGAAGAGAAUGUGCCCAAAUCUGGUGCUCGAGAAUGCACUGAUGGACAUGUAUGCUAACUGUGGAUGCUUGAAGACUUCGAGAGAGGUUUUUGAUGGUAUGAAAGGUAGGGACGUUGUGUCCUGGACUUCGAUCAUUGCAGCAUAUGGAAUACAUGGAAAUGGCCGAGAAGCCAUCAGCCUUUUCGAACAGAUGCAGGAAUCUGGACUAAAACCCGACCACAUAGCCUUUGUUUCGGUUCUUGCAGCCUGCAGCCAUGCAGGCCUUUUGGAUGAAGGGAGGUAUUACUUUAAGUGUAUGACAGAUCAGUAUCAGAUGGUUCCAAGAAUUGAGCACUUCGCUUGCAUGGUGGACCUCCUUGGCCGUGCCGGCUGCAUUGAAGAAGCUUAUGAUUUCAUCAGACAGAUGUCCAUCGAGCCAAACGAGAGAGUGUGGGGAGCUUUGUUGGGUGCUUGUCGAGUUCACUCUAAUAUGUCUAUUGGGUUGGUGGCAGCAGAUAAUUUGCUGAGGUUGGUUCCAGAUCAAGCUGGGUAUUAUGUUCUUUUAUCCAAUAUUUAUGCAAGAGCUGGUAAAUGGGAGGAUGUGAUGUCAGUGAGGAGCAUCAUGGUCAGCAAAGGGAUCAAGAAGAUACCAGGUUGCAGCAAUGUGGAACUCAGGGAUAGGGUUCAUACCUUUCAUGUGGGAGAUAGGUCGCAUCCUCAGUCUAAGGACAUAUAUGCAAAACUGGAUGUCUUGAUGGGGAGGAUGAAGGAGUUAGGCUAUGUUGCUGAGACUGAAGCAGCCCUUCAUGAUGUGGAGGAGGAAGACAAGGAGGGCCAUCUGUCUAUGCACAGUGAAAAGCUCGCGAUCGCAUUUGCAUUAAUAAAUACUGGUCCAGAAAUACCAAUCAGGAUCACGAUGAACCUCCGGAUGUGUGGAGAUUGCCAUCAUGCUGCCAGGUUCAUUUCAAGCAUCACCGGGCGCGAGAUUAUCCUCAGGGACACUAAUAGGUUUCAUCAUUUUGAGAAUGGCAUUUGCUCAUGUAGUGAUUACUGGUAAUUGCCCAUCCCAAUUCACAAACACUACUUAUUAUUUACUGUAAUAUUGCAAUUGAUAAUCUAAAUUUUUAUAAAGAAGUUCAUUUUGUGA